UUAACCCCUUGAAAAUGGCCUCCCCCUUCACUGGUCCAACAGCAGUUUCUGAUGUAAUUAAAGACCUAGAUACUCAAAUAGCUCUGAUUGGUUUAGGCCCUCACACUCCCAAGAAGAAACAAGACCUUGACAAACUCUAUGAUCUGAAGGCUAAAGCCCAGCAGAUUAUGAACCAGUUUGGUCCAUCUACCUUGAUCAACUUAUCCAAUUUUUCCUCAAUCAAGCCGGAACCUGCUAGUACUCCCCCGCAUAGCUCCAUGGCAAACAAUACCACUGUGGCAAAGAUGCCUGGAACUCCUAGCAGCGGGGGGCGUCUCAGUCCUGAAAGCAGCCAGAUCUUAACUAAGAAGAAACUGCAGGACCUUGUUCGGGAGGUGGAUCCAAAUGAGCAGCUGGAUGAAGAUGUAGAGGAGAUGCUGCUGCAGAUUGCCGAUGACUUCAUCGAAAGUGUGGUGACGGCUGCCUGCCAGCUUGCACGGCACCGCAAAUCCAACACCCUGGAAGUGAAAGAUGUCCAGUUGCACCUUGAGCGCCAGUGGAACAUGUGGAUCCCAGGUUUCGGUUCUGAAGAAAUCAGGCCAUAUAAAAAAGCCUGCACUACCGAAGCUCAUAAACAGAGGAUGGCACUGAUCCGCAAAACUACCAAGAAAUAACGCCUGGGAAAGGCAGGAGAUAAAAAUGGCUUUUCUGGACUGGGAAAAAUAAAUCUGCCUCUAAGCUGUGGCAUCUCUAUGCCAUCAUCUUUGGGAUGGUUUACGCUUUACAGAGAGGCAUCUAUUUAAUGGUGCAGCAAUAUCUGACUUGGAGGGGAGAUCUGCCAAAAGCAUUAGCCCAGCCCGCCUCUCCCCCUCUCCAGUCUCUUUUCCCCCAAAGAACACAAUUUAUCUUGAAACACCAACUUUCUUUUUGUGACUUCAACAGUGAUUUAUGGUGUCCGGGAUUGUCCAAGGGACAGAAUAUCUUGGUAUUCUGGGGAACAGUAUUAGAAGCAGCUGUAGAUGUUUUUGUUUCCCUUUAACUCUUUGUAAUGUCAGUGUUUAGAUUUGUUUUAUUAGUAAAGAAAUUAUGAAUCUAAAACCAGGUAACAGUACUGGCACCGGUUGUGAAAAACACUUUACUGAGGGCAUCGAAGCUGGAGCAAGAGACUGGGCCAGUCUUCAAAAAUCUGUUCAAAACAAACUUAUUUUGAGGCUCAACAACGAGCUGGAA